AUGAAGCCGGCUCAUCUAUGCGAUGAGUUGAUUGUUGAAAUCUUCACGAGACUACCGAGCAAAUCCCUCCUCCGAUUUAGAUCGCUCUCCAAAUCGUGGUAUUCUUGUAUUGGUAGCCCUGAUUUCAUCCGCAUGCACACUUUUCGAUCCCAACAAAAACUCCUAAUAAGACACCGAACUCAUAAAGAGAAUGAAGAAGGUGAACUUGAAGAGUUGUACACAUUACAUCCACAAGACCAAUUGCCAUUGUUUCACACACAUGGAUACAAGGAUAUAACACCCGUACAGUUUCCUUCCACACAUUCCAAUAUUAUUGGUUCAUAUAAUGGACUUGUGUGUCUAUUUGAUUAUGAUGAAAAAAGUAUUAUUCUAUGGAACCCUUCAAUUAGGCGCAAACUAACCCUGCCUGAUUGUCCUCGGACAUGCUAUUCUGAGGUGGAGAUCGGUUUCGGUUUUGACCCGGUCAUUGAUGAUUACAAGAUUGUGUGUAUACCCGAAAGUAAUGGGAAAAAAGCAGGAAGAUCUUUUGUUUAUGCAUUGAAGACAAACACUUGGCGUAGAAUUGCUUCCGCUACGCCUUUGUUUAGUUCUAUGAUGACAAAGCCAUGUUUUUUCAAUGGAGUAUUGUAUUGGUUGGGACACUAUGAUUUGACUCGGACCUAUUAUCUAUUGACAUUUGAUUUGAGUACUCAUGUUUUUGGCAAUAUUGCAUUGCCAUUCAACAAUGUGCUAUCUGUUGCACCAACACCCAUCCAAGGUCCUAUACCUUCGCUAGCUGAUUUUGCUAAUCAGAUUUGGUUGAUGAAAGAUGCUUCGUGGUCUGCUUUUUUGAAUUUUAAAAAAGAUCAAGUUGAGGCACGUUUAUCAAGUGUUUUGCAACUGAGCACGAGUGAUGAUCUUGUUUUCUACAGCUUCUGUAACGGGUUCCAAGUUUAUAAUCUUAAGAUUGGGGAGUUUUCAAGACUAGUGGACUUCAAUGGUGCUUAUUUUGUAUUUGAUGUUAUUCAGUGUCUUGAAAGCCUUCAGUUGUUAGGCAUGGGGACCGCUUGUGAGGGAAACAAACUUACCUUGUCUUGA